GAUUUUGUAUUUGAGACACAAAGAUGGACGACUACGAGAUGAUAAUUUUGCAAUGAUGUAGGAGAAGUAGUAAGCAAAAAUGCCGAUACAGGUGAAGGACUAUGUUUGGGAGGAAACAGAUGAAACGGUUUUGAUUACUGUUCCUUUGAAAGGAGUGCCGUCAAAUCGAGUGGAUAUUUUUUCAAUUGACGAUUAUAUCAAGGUUAGUUGUGAAUGUGUGCAGUCUGUUAAGAUAGAUUGAAAUGGGAAGAGUUCCCAAUGUCAUAUUUUAUUGAAGAGAAAAUAUUAAUAGAGUAUCGCCCAUAGGCUAGCUAUCCUCCGUAUAUCUUUGAAGUCUGCCUGUUCGGUGAAGUCGAAGAUACUAAGAGUAAGGCAACAUUUGGCAGUGGAGUUGUCAAGCUUCAAUUAUUAAAGAAGAGCUCAUCCAAAUGGAAUCAGUUACAUGCAUCGGAAUCAGAGGACAAAGAAUUCAUGAGAAAGAAACGAGAGGAGGCUAUUGGUAAGGCGCACGAGAGAGCUGAAAAAGAAAAGCAAAGAAAAGCAGCUGAGAAACGAGAACAAGAAAAAUUGGCACUUCAAGAACAGAUGAAGGUUUGGUGUAUAAAAAUUCUGUACAGAUAGCGAUCAUGCAUAGCACUAGUUUUCCUUUGAACUGAUUAUAGAGCAGUUUGGUCUGAAAUGACGUGCAUGAUUUCCAAAUGCCCUGUGCAAGUCCAAUAUAAGAUCACAAGUAUAAUUUCAGACCAAAAUUAAUCAACACAGAAUUCUAGUGUCUCUUAAUUAACAAAAGACUAAAACUUCUUGUGUUUGUGUAAAUGUCAGCUGGAACAGGAAGAAAGAGCUCGAAUAGAUGCCAUAAAGGAAGAAGAACGUAAAAAGGCAACUGAGGCCAUUGAGAGAUGGAAAGAAAAUCAAAAAUUGCAGCCUACAAGCAUAGAAGAAGAAAAAGUCACUUCGAACAGUAAUGUAAAUCAAUAUGAAGACACCAACAUGUCUGCAACAAAAGCUGACCUAGAGGUGGGAGAGUAUCAAGAGCCACUUCCAAAACCAGCUGCAAAGAAACUGGCUCCUUACAACAAAGAAAGGACAAAUGGUAUGACUGUCAAUUUUUAUGCUGUUACCUGCUGCAAAAUUAAGGGGAUUGGUAGAAAAUGAAGGUAGCUUUUUAAACCUUCUCAUAAUCUCUUGUUUCCUUUUCUUUGAGAUCUGUUGUUUACUAACCAUGCACAUGUAUUUAUUUGAAUGAUACUCUUUAGUUACCUUGCUCCAGUUUGUUGUUCUGACAAUGUAGUCUCCAUCUUUAGAAAAAAAGAAAGACUUCCUUGAAAAGACAGUUCCAGAACCAAGGGCAUCUGGCUCCAUUUCAGUGUCAUUCACUCCUCGUGUUUUCAAAACAGCUGCAAGAGAAUCCAAAGCACCAGAAGAAGAAGAGGUAACUCAUCUUUUUGUCAGUUUAGUCUGUAAGUCACAAUCUUCCUCCAGUUUUUAUUUUUGUUUGUGUGUGAUUACUUCUACUCCAGUUUCUUAUGAUAAUCAUGUAAUGUUCAUUGAGAAGCUAUUCUACUGUGUACAGCUCUUAACUCUGAAACAGACCAUCCACCACCACCCCCCCGCCCCCUCCUCCCCUGCCUCUCAGGUCUUACAUUGGUCUAAGCAUCUCACAUUUCAUAGUAUAGGGUGUGAGAUGAAAAUUAAUGAAAUACUUCCAAAUAACGAGUUGACCCUUAACUGAGGGAUCAGACAUUUGACACCAUUAGAAUUUGUGAGGAUCCAAUCCUUUCUGUUCAGUGGUUAAACAUGAAGAUUUGUUUUUGUUCAUAGUGGCUGAAAAAGAUGGCUGGUGCAAGCCGAAAAACAGAUACUACCAACACUGAUGCUGUUGACAUGGAAGAAAUGAACCCAGUGUGGUUAAAAGACAAAGGAAUGUGAGUUUUCUCCCUUUACACCCCAACAUCAGUAUAGUUACAUAUUCUCCAGACUGUCCUCUAGAUAUUUCCUAUGAAUUGUGAAUGAGAAUUUGUAUAAAAAUCCAGAGCUUCUUUAAUCAGUGAUCAUUCUCUUAAUUCUCAUGGCUUUGUUGUUUGAUUCAGCCAUGAUUCUGCUAGGGAGAAAGUUAAAUGACAGUCACUUCUAGGGCUAAAAGGGUUACAAUGAAGACAGGGUAAAUGAUAUCUUAACUGGUAUAAAACAUACAACAAAAAUGGACAAAUGAGGAAAGAAAAGAAAGGAGGAAAAGAACAAACUUCAUCACAGGAGGGAAGUAUGAUCAGAGCAUAUCACAGUGGAAUGCUUUGAAAACAAAUCCAUAGGUAUCACAACAAACCCACACGAGCUCAAAGUUGAAACUAAGCAAACACCCUGAAGCCAGUGCAAAUGACCAAAACUGCUGAAUAUUACUUAUCUGAAUUUUUUUCCCUUUACUUUUAACAUUCAUUAAGUCGAAUUUUAUCGAACUUAAAAAGUACUUUAAAAGCACAAACUCCGUUCAGUGAAUCAAAUUUAUAGUGAAAUUUCUCUUCGUUUUAUGUUUUUGACGUUCCGUUGGCAGUGGGUUUUACAAGGCUGGAAACUUUGUAGCGGCUAUCAAUGCAUUCACAGCAGCCAUCGUACUGGAUGACUCAAUACCAUCGUAUCCUUUAACUGAAGAAAACUAGUUUGCUAUCAUACUUUCCCUGUCCCAAACCGUCUGUUACUUUUCUUUCCUUAGCUCAGUUCAAAAGAGGAGCUCAAAAAACAGUUUUCAGAAUACUUCCCCAUCUUAUAUUUGAUAGCAAUUAAUUGUAAGGAGGAAAGCUUUGCGAGAGAGAUUGAAAAGCUUUCUGGAAGAACUACUUAGAUAUAAAGACCAUGAACCCACUAUUUUCGCAAAUCACCCAAAAGAUAAACUUACCCCGGUCUUAGAAAAAGUUCAAAGAUAAUAAUAAGACAAGUUCACCAGAAUAUUAAGAUCGUAACAAAUUAAAAAAGAGCACCGUAUCAUCUUAAUGCGAGAAAACGUUGGACAUAAGGGGAGACGGGAAACGGUGGCCGAGGAAUAAAAAAGAUUCGCCUUGUUUUUGUAUUUUUUUUUUUAUUUUUUUUUUUUAUCACGUCUUUUUCGUCAGUUGUUGAACUACUUGUUAUACAAAUAAGAACGCCUUUUAAUGAAAAGAAAUAUAAUCACGAGUGUUUUUGUAACGUGGAUGCGACAACUUAGACAAAUACGGGGUGUAGCAAAAUACUCGGCUGAAAAUGAGAUUCUCUCCUUGACUUUGUGAAGGUUAUACUCUAACCGUGCUGCAUGUCAUCUUCAAUUGAAACAGUACAAAGAGUGCAUUCAAGACUGUACAAGUGUAAGAUUCUCGUCAAAUUUUCAGCUUCUAUUUUUUAGUACAAAGUGAGUUUUAUUUCAUUUGAGUUUACUUCUGAUGACGUUUGUUCUACAGUCACUAGAACUCCUUGUUCCUCCGGUUCCGGCCAAUUGUGCUUCCAGAUGUAAAGCGCAUGUCAGACGAGGGACCGCGUACAUGCAAUUACAAGAAUACGUGCUGGGUGAGUAAACGGGUUUUCAUUGCGGUUUUCAUAUAACCUCGGAAAUUAUAGUAAACUUGGAGAUUUCUGACCGUAAUUUACACUUGAAUGAUUAAACAAGAAAGGGCUCCAGUUCGCCAGUGUUUGGGAUUUCUGACGUUAUAGUUUUUGUGUAUUAUACACGCCUUUUUUUGUGUAACGACAGCUUUUUGAAGAAGUCGUUUGGUUAAAGUGUGAGGUCGUGUUAUAAAUCAUUGCAUAGACUUCCAUUUACCAGAUGAUUCGGCCACAGAAUAAAUAUCCUGUGUACAGCCGCCCUUAAAGAAAAAAAUAAGGAGUUGACAGACCCUAAAAGAGCACCAGCUUUCGCAGUAGCAAUUCUGACAUAUCUUUUAAAUGGGUUAUCAGCUUUUUUCUUUUUUGUUUUGUUUUGUUGUUGUUUUUUCAUUGAACGUGAGACAACAUCAGAACAGAGAUUAGAAGAAUUUUGCAGUAGGAAGGCCCCAAACAUGAGUAUCGACCUUGAUUUUAUUUUCUUUGUUUUCUUAAUUUAUUUUCUUUCAGCUCUUCAAGACUAUGAAUCAGCUCUCAAGCUUGACCCUAAAAACGUAGACCUGAAGAACGACUCAGAGAGAAUAAGAAAGAUCAUUCAAGGCUCCACAUAGCUUCAGAAUAAAUUUUGUCAUCGAAUGAUGAUGAAAAAGUCGCACUUUCUGUAAGAGUCUGAUACUUUCGGCCUGAGGAAUAGACCACUUUGAUGAGCGAAUGAACCUUAGACCUGAAAUUCAACAAUGGACAGCGAUUUGCGCGUUAAAUUAUUUGUACAGGGUUAAACUGCUCUAUGACUUAGCUGAAGCAUACGCAAUGUUGAAAAAAUCAAUGAAAAUUUUAAAUUUAAAGUAUGUCUGCAACCACUGAUGUUCUGGAAAAGGUGAAAAUUUCACUGACAGAUCAUCUCACCGUUCGCUUUAUCUUGAGAUCAAGACUCGAGAGAUCAAAGAAAUACAAAAUAUGUGAUUCUUUUUACUGUACCGGUGUGCUUUCUUCCCCUCAAUGGAAUGUCAAUUUUAAAAAGAAAACUGCUCUUUCAAACUCUGAAAAUUAUGACAGUACUUUUACUCUUAGUAAAGCGG